AGCUAAUCCUUUCCAUCAGCACAAUCAGUCGCUUUCCUGGGCUUCAUCAAGUGACCCACGUGGGCUGAAACAUGGAAGCAUUAGUUGGUUACCUCUGCGUCGGUGCCUUUGUGAUGCUCGCUGCUGUUGCUGAUACAAGGGUGAAGCGACUUGCCUACGAGCUCGCGGACGGCGCAGACUUGGUCGUGGGGCGGCCGGUGGCUAAGGCCUUCAGGUGCCGGCGAAAUGGCUACUUCGCUGAUGUGUUCAACUACUGCCGAGUGUACCACGUGUGCCACCAGGUGCGCUACGCCGACGGCUCCUCCGAGAUGCAGCACUUCAGCUUCUUUUGCGGCAACCAGACAGUGUUCAAUCAGCUGAGCCUGACCUGCACAUAUCCAGAGGACGCUGUACCUUGUCGUCAAGCGCCAAAUUUUUUCUAUCUCAACGACAGGAUCGGCAUCGAGAACGCGCUCUUACACACCGAUAACGACGUUGGUCUUGCCAGCGCUGCCGGGUUCGGUGCCAGGCGCGCCGGCGCCGGUCGAAAGCCGUCGCGAGUUUUUGGAUAGCCUCCGCCUCUCUAUUCUCUAUCUAGGAUGCAAGCCGCUGCCACCCCGCGUGGCCCC